AUGUCUGCGUGUCGCGAAUCCCUCGGGUCUGGCUCCGGCGGCCAUGGCCACUCGCACGGCCAUGGUGCCGGAGGAUGCGGCGACGGCCACGACCACGACGAUACCUGGGAGCGCGGGGCCGAGUAUUCGCUCUUCCGGCACAUCGAUCAGCCACGCACGCAUGCCUACAAUUGCCGGAAUUUCGAGAAGGACCUGCCCAUCUUCAAGCCCUGGGAGGACCGCCUGACCGAGGACCCGUUCAUCAUCAGCGAUGCCGAUGACCAGAUGCUCGUUUACAUUCCCUUCCUGGGCGGUGUCACCCUGAAGGGGUUCUCCCUGGUCGGAGGGGAUGAUGGCCAAUGCCCGAGCAAGGUCAAGCUGUUCAUCAACCGCUCUGACAUUGAUUUCCAAAUGGCCGAGGAGCUCCCCCCGGCACAGGAGUUCCACAUUCUCAACAAGCCUGGCCAGGUCAUUGAGUACCAAACGCGGAUUUCCAAGUUCCAGAAUGUGGAGAGCCUCACGAUGUUCUUCGCCGCGAGCCACGGCGCGCCGGAGACUUCCCUCUCCUACAUCGGCCUCAAAGGGGACUUCCGUCCGCUCAAUCGCCGGACGAUCAUCACCAUGUACGAAGCCGCCGCCAACCCAGCCGAUCACCCAGUCAAGCUCGGCACCAAGGAGUACCAAGGAAAUGCGAUCGACCGGUGA